CUAAACGGAAGAGAGAAACUGCGGUUGGAAGAAGAAGAAGAAGAAGAGUGUUGAUUUCUUCACCAACAAGAAGAAGAAGAAGAGUUUGUUGAUUUUCCUUCAAUUUCAACACAGCAUGAAAGCCCCAGCUUCAAUUUUCUACAGAAACCCUGUGAAAUUCAGAAUGCCAACGGCGGAGAAUCUGGUACCAAUUCGAUUGGACAUUGAAAUCGACGCUCAGAGGUACAAAGAUGCCUUCACAUGGAACCCUUCCGAUCCUGAUAGCGAGGUUGGUGUCUUUGCAAAACGGACUGUUAAAGACCUAAAGCUUCCUCCUCCUUUUGUUACUCAGAUUGCUCAGUCAAUUCAGUCACAGCUAGCUGAAUUUCGAUCGUAUGAAGGCCAGGAUAUGUAUGCUGGAGAGAAAAUUGUUCCCAUCAAGCUUGAUCUUCGUGUAAAUCAUACGCUGGUAAAGGACCAGUUUCUAUGGGACUUGAACAACUUUGAGAGUGAUCCUGAAGAGUUUGCGAGAAUCUUCUGCAAAGACAUGGGUAUUGAGGAUCCUGAGGUUGGGCCAGCGAUUGCAUUUGCUAUCAGAGAGCAACUUUAUGAGAUUGCUAUUCAAAGUGUGGUUUCAGCAAGAGAAAGCAGAUUAAGCAAGAAGGGUCGUCGAGGGGGUGACUAUACUCCAAUCAGUAAAGGAGGUGCUGUGGCAGUGGACUUGGUCAAGUUAUUUGGUCAGAAAUCUAGUGUAAUUCGGAAAAGAAAGGAGUGGGACGUAUACGAACCCAUUGUGGACCUACUAUCAAAUGAGGAAGUUGAUGCCCUUGAAGCAAAGGAAGAGAGGAUUUUCAGGUAAACUGUCCCAUGGUCUGCCACGCCUGAAGGGUUUUGAAGUUAUUGUAGAAAUUGGUUUUAAAAAGCUAAGAAUCAAUGGUUCAGCAUGUUGUUCAUUGUUUGUUCAGUGUCUGAUGCAACAUGAAAUUCAAUGUAUAUUUUAAAGUUAAAUAUAGAAGAGUGUUUCUCCAAACAAUGAUGGCUAAUGAUAGCUUACACUGUGAGAUGUGGCAUGGUGGUUGUUCACCUCGUCCCUAAACUACGAGAGGUUUGAUUCUUGCUCAUGUGUAGAUAUUCACAUUUCAUGGCGGCAAUGUUAUUCCUAGCAGGUAUUUAACAUAUUCACAUGAAUGUGAACCUAAUACCUCUGCUUAAGCUAAACAACUCUGCUUAAGCUAAACAACCUUGUGCUGGUUGACCUAUGUGUUUGGUUGUCAAAAUGAAGAGCUUUUUACUUAGUUGAUUGAA